CCCAAAAAAAUUAAAUAAAAAUAAAAAUCCCCCCUUUGUUGAAGAAGAAGAAAGAAAAGAAAAAAAAACGGUCUCUGUUAAUGACGACCAUACUCUUCUUGAGCUCUCUCUGCAUCACAGCAGAGAUCUCAAUUCCCAACCCUAAUUGUUUUAGAUGAUUAGAGAGUGAAAAAUCAAGAAGGGUUUUUUUUUUUUGAUUAUGUCUGAUAUUAUUGAGGGAGGAAAAGAAUCAACAAAAGAAAAUAAUAAUAAUAACAAUACUAAUAAACAAUGGGGUUGUGGAGGAAAGUCUGGUACCGUUGUCAAUUUACAACGUGUGAGUUCGAUCGUCAAAGAUAUUGGAGAGCCUUGUCUUCAUCAAUCUCCUACAAAAAUUGUUCGUUCAAAGCAAAGGACCAUUCGACGGGACAUCAAGUGUUCUUUUGGACAGUUGAAUUAUUUGAAGAAUCGGUUGAGGAAGCUAAAGAUUUUUGCCUCAAGUUGCUUACCCUGUCGUAGUCGUAUCAUGAGUAGCAAGAUGCUCAGGCCGGAUAAGUGGCGAGCCACAUUUGAUAGUGAUGGGAAGGUUUUCGGUUUCCAGAAGGCCCUUAAGUUGAUUGUCUUGGGGGGUGUGGAUCCAUCAAUACGGGCCGAAGUAUGGGAAUUUCUUCUUGGUUGUUAUGCGUUGAGCAGUACAUCUGAGCACCGAAGGCAGCUGAGAAUGGCCAGGAGGGAGAAAUACAAAGAUUUAAUCAAGCAAUGCCAAAAGAUGCAUUCAAGCAUUGGAACUGGUUCUCUUGCUUAUGUUGUAGGUUCCAAGGUGAUGGAUGUCAGGACUUUGUCUAAAGACAGUGGUAGAAGGGAAGCAGAACCUGAAAGUAGAUCAGCUUCUCUUGAUGCUGCAAAUGUGGCAGAGACUUCGGAUCAGAAUAAUAAUUGUACAACUACGUCACAUGUCUGUCAAAGGGAAAGCUCCGAGCUGUUGAGCGUCAGAGGAAGCAUAGAUAGUGCUGCAUUUGAUUCUUCACGAGCUAUGGGUUCUUUGGACCCACCCAAUUGUGUUUCCCCAAAAGCUGGGAAAGAAGUUCAUGUGUCACAUGAUGAUACUGACAGUUAUUUUGAUUUUCCUCAUUUACCUGUCACAGAUUUAUUUGAUAGAAGUGACAGUGAUAAGAACGAGUUUAGAGGGAAUGAUGAUGAUAGAUUAUCUUCCGAAGAAAAACUAGAUUUGGAGGAUGAAAACAUGCACAGCUUUCAAAUUAACAACAAUGUAGAACUGUUUUUGGAAUCAAGUGGUCUACACUCUGAUGAUGUCUCACGUGCAAGUGAGUCUGAGCACGGAUCUUUUGGUUCGGAUGCUCACAAACAAGUAAUACAGUCAAGAAACUUCGAACAUGAAAGUGAAAUAAAUAGGUUGAGAAUAUCUGAUGUGCCUGAAACAGCAGUGAUGAGUUCAACAACGUCUGAAGGAGAGCCUGUCAGUGAAGAAAGAGUUUCUGAAUGGCUUUGGACGCUUCACCGAAUAGUUGUUGAUGUUGUAAGGACGGAUAGCCAUCUUGAAUUUUACGAGGAUGCCAAAAAUAUGGCCAGGAUGUCAGACAUUCUUGCUGUAUAUGCAUGGGUUGAUCCUGGUACUGGAUACUGCCAAGGUAUGAGCGACUUGCUCUCUCCUUUUGUUGUAUUGUAUGACGAUAAUGCGGACGCUUUUUGGUGCUUUGAGAUGCUUCUUAGAAGAAUGCGUGAAAAUUUUCAGGUGGAAGGACCAACUGGAGUGAUGAAGCAGUUAGAAUCUUUGUGGCGAAUCUUGGAACUGACAGAUAAGGAAACAUUUUCCCACCUGUCACUAAUAGGUGCUGAAAGCUUGCAUUUUGCUUUUCGGAUGCUUCUGGUGCUUUUUCGUCGGGAGUUAUCCUUUAAUGAGGCUCUUUGUAUGUGGGAGAUGAUGUGGGCUGCUGACUUUGAUGAAUCAGUAGCUCGAGACUUGGAGGAAAACUGUCUCGAUCCAUUAGUUGUACAGCUUCCAAGGUAUUCUAGUUCAGAAACAGCAGAAGAAAGUGUAAAGAGUAAUGGAAGUUCAAAAACCGCAGAAGAAAGUGUAAAGAGUAUUGGAAGUUCAAAGGGAGCUCGCCCACAACCAAAAACUGGGUCUGUUGAACAUUCAGUCUCAUAUGACAGUGGAAUGAAAGCGGAAGCUAGUUAUCCUUUUUGUGGCUUGACUAGGAGUUUUUGGUCAAAGAACGACCGCAUGCAAAACUGUACUAUAAUUAGUUCAACACGGAAUGGCGACGAUGAAUUACCUGUCUUUUGCGCAGCAGCGAUUCUUGUUAUCAAUCGCCACAAGAUCAUCAAAGAAACUCGUUCAAUUGAUGAUUUGAUAAAGGCAGAUAUUCAAUGAUAACUUGCUGGAUAUAAACGUUACAAGAUGUGUACGUACGGCCAUCAAACUCCGAAAGAAGUAUUUUUACAAGAUAAUCAGGCACAAAAGAACAGGCAGUAACCCAGAGAAUAUAUAGAUGUUAUCGAAUUUCCAAUUGUUCACUACAUGGAAGAGUCAACCGUUGCCCCCAUGUUUCGUGUGUUUGCUAUGGUGGCAUUCUGAGUUGUAAAUUGAUCCGCAUUUCCAUCGAGUUCGACGUGACACAACUGUCAUUUGUCGCUUUUAUUGAGAAAUUUCAGAAGCAGGAAGAAUAAUCCGCCAUUUGAAGAUUCAUCCAGUUGUUUAUACUACUAGUUCGUCUUACAUCUUUUUUCCAAGGAACUGUGCGGAAAUGAAGCCUUCUAUUUAGUUGCAGAGAAGUCCGAUUUACAGAGCUGCUACCAUUUGACAGAUAGUAUUGUUGGUAAGUGGCAAAAAACACGACAUAUUCUUUUUCCUUUGUUUGUAAAAGGAACAUGUAUCAGUAUCACUUGUCAUUUCUUCUUGCUUCUUGUAUAUGUGAAUAUGUUGAAAAAAAUUUUGUCCUGGAAAGAAAAAAAAAUCAUUGGGUAGAUUCCAAACUGUAACUAUGUUUUAGCAUUUAUAGUAUAGAGCACUUUUUAAAGGAUAUCUAUUCAUAGAUCAUUCUCAUUACACUUCUCGUGCACCCCAAAUGUUUAUCCUUGUCUGUGUAAAAAUUAGAAACAGCUUAUUUACUAUCUUUAGUACGCUUACAAACAAAUGGUAAA